AUGUUUGUCUUUUCAAUUUUCCUCGCUGCUUCGCUCAGCCUGCAGUCCGUCUUUGCUUCGCCCCUCCGCCCCCGCGGGGACUAUGCCGUCAAAGAAUCCAACAAUGUCCCUCCAAAAUGGUCCAACGUUGGCAACCCUCAUCCUUUCCACCUCUUGAAGCUUCAUAUCGGUCUCAACCCAGGUAACUUCGACGUUCUUGAAUACCAUCUCCAUCAAGUAUCUGACCCGUCCCACCAUCGCUAUGGUCAACACUUGUCCCGACAAGAAGUCCACGACCUUAUCAAGCCAUCUGAUGAGACAUUGAACCAGAUCCAGAAUUGGCUUUCCGAGAACGGCAUUGAUUCGUCCCACGGCGAAUACUCUUCCGCCCGAGACUGGAUCACGCUCACUCUCCCCGUCGCCCAAGUGGAACGUCUUCUCGAUACUAGAUAUUCCGUCUACCAGCACCAAGACGGCACCAAGCUUGUUCGAACGACCAGUUGGUCUCUUCCACGUCCUCUCCAUGACCACAUCACCACUAUUCAGCCCACCACGGCAUUCCUUCGAGCAACCCCCCAAGGCGAAACAGUUCUUACCGUUCCCACUGACGUCGACCUGUCCCAACUUACCGCUGACGUCAACGCCACCACCUUGAGGAGAGUCUGCAACUUCGGUGGCAUGACCACACAAUGUCUACGAACUCUUUACAAUACCGUCAACUACACUGCCCAAGUCCCCGAUCAGAACAAAAUCGGUUUCACCAACUAUUUGGGUCAAGUCUCGAGCCGAGCUGACGCCAAACUCUAUCUGCAGAAUUUCCGCCCCGAAGCCGUCAACUCACCCCUCUCUGUGAAGCAAGUAUCCAUCAAUGAUGGUCCGCUCGACAAUGGCACCGUGGGUGGAGUCGAAGGAAACCUCGACCUUGAGACCAUCUUGGGCCUUGUCUACCCCACUCCGGUCACGUUGUACUCAACCGGAGGCAUGCCCCCCUUUGAGCCUGACUUGCAUACUCCUUCCAACACGAACGAGCCCUACCUUGAUUGGAUCCUCUAUCUACGCGAUCAAGAUUCCCAGUCUAUUCCCAACGCCAUCUCCACCUCUUAUGGUGACGAUGAACAAACCGUCCCAAAAUCCUAUGCUAAGACCGUCUGCAACCAGUUUGCCGCGCUCGGCGCACAAGGCAUUUCUCUCUUCUUUAGUUCAGGAGACUUUGGUGUCGGCGCCAACGACACCUGCGUUUCCAACGAUGGCAAGAACACUCCCGCGUUCCUCCCGGCUUUCCCGGCUUCCUGUCCCUAUGUGACCGCAGUCGGUGGAACCAAGGAUUACCCCGAAGUCGUCGGCUACGAUUCUCGCAACGGUUAUGCUUCCGGAGCAGGGUUUAGCAACUAUUUCCCUCGUCCCAAGUGGCAGGAUACCGCCGUGGUGAGAUACCUUGACGCAAUCGGCGACAAAUUUAAGGGCCUGUACAAUUGCUCGGGCCGCGCUUAUCCCGACCUCGCUGCUCAGAGCUACAGAUAUAUCGUCUUCUUGAAUUCAAGUGUCCGAAGUGUCGACGGGACAAGUUGUGCAGCGCCCACAAUCGCCAGUAUCUUUUCUCUCGUCAACGAUGCCCUCGUCGCCAAAGGUAAGCCCGUAAUGGGUUGGUUGAAUCCUUGGCUCUACCAGAAAGGCUUCAAGGCUUUUACAGACGUUGUCAAUGGAAGCUGUGUGGGCUGUGAUGGACCUGGAUUCAGUGCGGCCGAGGGUUGGGAUGUGGCAAGUGGAUUUGGAACACCGGACUUCGAAAAGAUCUUGGAUGUUCUCGAGAUUGGUUAA